ACAGUAAUGAAAGGCAGUAAUAGAAAUAAGGAUCAUUCAGCAGAAGGAGAAAGGGCUGGAAAACGACCAAAACGAAAGUGUCUUCAGUGGCACCCGCUGCUAGCAAAGAAACUGCUGGACUUUUCAGAAGAGGAGGAAGACGAAGACGAAGAAGAGGAUAUUGAUAAGGUUCAACUUCUUGGGGCCGAUGGCCUAGAGCAAGAUGUUGGUGAGACUGAUGAUGAAUCACCAGAACAGCGAGCCCGGAGACCAAUGAAUGCAUUUCUCCUAUUUUGCAAACGUCAUCGCUCCCUUGUACGUCAGGAACACCCCAGGCUUGAUAACCGAGGUGCUACCAAGAUACUGGCUGAUUGGUGGGCUGUUCUAGAUCCAAAGGAAAAGCAGAAAUAUACAGACAUGGCCAAGGAGUAUAAAGAUGCAUUUAUGAAAGCAAAUCCUGGCUACAAAUGGUGUCCUACCACAAAUAAGCCUGUGAAAUCCCCAACACCCACUGUCAACCCACGAAAGAAACUAUGGGCCUUCCCAUCUGACUCUUCAAGAGAUUUGCCAAGCCCCAAGAAAGCAAAGACUGAAGAAAUGCCUCAACUAAACUUUGGAAUGGCUGAUCCUACUCAAAUGGGAGGCCUGAGCAUGCUGCUUUUAGCUGGAGAACAUGCUCUUGGCACACCAGAGAUAUCCUCUGGCACUUGUAGGCAGGAUGUUUCAGAAUCCCCUGAAUUACGUCAGAAGUCCCCAUUAUUUCAGUUUGCUGAGAUAUCUUCAAGUUCGUCCCACCCUGAUACUCCUUCAAAACAGUGUCAAGCAUCAGCCUUGUUUCAGUUUGCAGAGAUUUCUUCGAACACUUCGCAGUUGGGUGGUGCCGAGCCCAUGAAGCGCUGUGGGAAGUCGGCACUCUUUCAACUGGCAGAGAUGUGUCUGGCAUCGGAGGGGGUUAAAAUGGAGGACUCAAAGCUAAUAAAGGCAAAAGAAUCAGAUGGUGGAAGAAUUAAAGAAUUGGAGAAGGGGAAGGAACAAAGAGAAAUAAAAAUGGAGAAAACAGAUGAAGCCAGGCUACAGAAAGAAGCAGAAUUUGAAAAAUCAGCUAAGGAAAAUGUCAGAGAUUCUAAGGAGCUAAGAAAUUUUGAGGAGCUGCGAAUGGAUGAUAUAAUGGAUAUAAAAAUGGAAGAUCCCAAAGAAAUUAAAAAGGAAGAACUAGAGGAAGAUCAACAAUGUAGUCACUUCCCUGAUUUUUCUUAUUCUGCCAGUAGCAAAAUCAUAAUAAGCGAUGUUCCCAGUAGAAAGGAUCACAUGUGCCAUCCUCAUGGAAUUAUGAUCAUUGAAGAUCCCACAGCAUUAAACAAACCAGAGAAGCUAAAAAAGAAAAAGAAGAAAAGCAAAACGGAUCGACAUGGAAAUGAUAAAUCCACACCCAAGAAGACUUGCAAAAAGAGGCAGUCUUCAGAGUCAGACAUCGAGAGUGUCAUCUACACCAUUGAAGCUGUUGCAAAGGGAGACUGGGGCAUUGAGAAACUUGGAGAAAGCCCUCGCAAGAAGGUCCGCACAUCCUCAAGUGGCAAGGGAAGCAUUUUGGAUGCCAAGCCACCAAAGAAAAAAGUGAAAUCAAGAGAGAAGAAAAUGUCAAAGGAGAAAUCCUCAGACACCACCAAAGAGUCAAGACCUCCAGAUUUCAUUAGUAUUUCUGCCAGCAAGAACAUUUCUGGUGAGGUGCCAGAGGGUAUAAAAGCAGAACCGUUGACCCCCACGGAGGAGGCAUUACCACCCAGCCUGUCGGGACAGGCCAAGCCUGAGGAAAGUGACUGUCACAGAAAAAUAGAGACUUGUGGCUCCCGGAAAUCUGAGAGGUCUUGCAAAGGUGCUCUUUAUAAAACCCUGGUGUCUGAAGGCAUGCUCACCUCUCUGCGAGCUAAUGUUGACAGAGGGAAACGAAGCUCAGGAAAAGGAAACUCCUCUGACCAUGAAGGGUGUUGGAAUGAAGAAAGCUGGACGUUUAACCAGAGUGGGACCAGUGGGAGCAAGAAGUUCAAGAAGACAAAGCCAAAGGAAGAUUCUCUCCUUGGCUCAGCAAAGCUGGAUGAAGAAUUUGAAAAAAAAUUCAACAGCCUCCCUCAAUAUAGUCCUGUUACAUUUGACCGGAAAUGCGUACCUGUCCCAAGGAAAAAGAAGAAGACUGGAAACAUGUCCUCAGAACCGACUAAAACCAGCAAAGGUCCUUUCCAGUCUCAGAAAAAGAACUUAUUCCACAAAAUUGUCAGCAAAUAUAAGCACAAAAAGGAGAAGCCUAAUGUUCCGGAAAAAGGAAGUGGGGAUAAAUGGUCAAACAAGCAACUCUUCUUGGAUGCCAUUCACCCUACAGAAGCCAUAUUUUCAGAAGACAAGAACACCACAGAGCCUGCUCAUAAGGUUAAAAAUGCCCUAUCCAUUCCCAACACUCCAGAGCCAACAACAACACAAGAACCCUUGGUGGGCAGCCAAAAGAGAAAAGCAAGAAAAACCAAGAUCACCCACCUUGUCAGAACAGCAGAUGGCCGGGUAUCACCAGCAGGAGGUACUUUGGAUGACAAACCAAAGGAGCAGCUGCAGAGGAUUCUCCCAAAAGUGACCGAGACAGGCUGCCAUGACGAAGGCUGCCACAACCCCGAGGCCGCGGAGACGCGGAGCAGCACUCCGGAGAUGCCAGCCGUGUCUGCGUUCUUCAGUCUCGCUGCGCUGGCAGAAGUGGCCGCCAUGGAAAAUGUGCACAGAGGUCAGAGGUCAACUCCGCUCACGCACGACGGACAGCCAAAAGAAAUGCCCCAGGCUCCUGUACUUAUUUCCUGCGCUGACCAGUGAAGCGCCCUUUAGUUGUAAAACAUUGUGCUUUACCUACUACCCUAGCCUUGUCUUUACCGAGGGAUGCUAGCGAGUCCGUGUGGUGGGAAAGACAGACUGCGAACAAGUGCUCGUUGCCCUGCGCGGCCCAGAUUCACUUGAAGCGGAAGUUAGCAUCCUGGGCCGGUGUGUUCUCUUGGAACCCAGAGCCUCUGAGGGUGAUGUUAUCUGUCUGGUAAUGAGCAGAAACGGCAUGAUCCUGGAGCUUUGCUUUCUAUUGAAGGCUUUUGACGGUAAUAGGUGGUAACUUGGUAAGAGGCUGCCUUUACUGUAGCUCAUCCAGCAUCUCUUUUACCAACCAGAGAGUGUGAAACUAGUUUCGUAUAUUACCUAGUUAUUCUUUCAAAACAAAAACAAAACAAAAAAACAAAAACUGACGCACUGCACUAGUUAUUAUUAGAUAUUCUUAGUCUUUUUUGUACAUGGAGAUUUAAGUUCUAAGAUGGUUUAUAUAAUAGGUUAUACCUACAUUUAUAUUGUAGAAUAAUAUUAAAAAGCCUGUUCCAGAGACUCCCAAGCAGCACGGGCAGGCAGAUGUACCAUUGUUAGCGGUGUAUGCUCGGCCUCGUGGUCCAUAUAUUCUGCACUUUUAUAUAUUUGCCACCAGAGUGGUAGUUUGCUGGCAAAAAAAGAGAGAGAAAGAGAAAAAAUUAGAAUUCUUACAAGCUGAAUUUUUUUCUUAGCCUUGAGUGACCAAGAAGAAUUUGCUUGGGGCACAUUGUGGCAAAUAUUUUCCCAGACAGGGGAAGAGUCCUGCAGAUUACAGAAUACUGAUGUUUUCAUGCCUUGAGGAUUCUUUUAUUUUUUACACAGGGGUCUAAGUGACCAAUGGAUCGUUCAUACAAACAAAAAAAAAAAAAAAAAAAAAAGAAAAAUAUUAUUCAGAAGUGACCUUAGUAUUACUUCACUAUUCUGAACACAUUGAAGACACUCACUUCAUGUGGACUUUGAGCUACAGACCUUUUCCAUCCAUCCCCAACAGACUGGACGGGUAGCAGCCGCUAUGCACAGCCUGAUUACCACUGCAGGGUUCUAGAGCCAUUUCGAGUUGUGUGUUGUGAAGGAGGUAUGGAACAAAUGAUGAGGGAGGUAUGCUUGACCAGGGUGGGAGUCUUAGUCAUAGAGCCACCUGCAAGUUUGUUUCCUUUCUGUGUUCUGUUGCUUUUGGACAUUAAACCAACCGUACACAUGCCAGUGCCAGGCGGAUUACCUGGCUUAUUAGAACAUUCGACAUAUUGACUUAACCACCUGACAUUCACAGUGUCUUGUUUCCUAGCAACACAUGCAGAGUGAUAGAAUUAGCCGGAGGCUACCGAUUUUACAGGGUAUUUGUCCAUAGCACAGAGUGUAUCCCCACUCUCGCAUCGCAGCACAAACUACCAAAUUUUAAUUAUUGGAUUCCAGCAAUAAUUUUUAUUGGUUUUCAAACUGGCAGAAUUUUGAUAGCGUUAGUUCGAGUUCAAAGCUUUUGAAUUAGAUCUCUACAUGGUAACAGUUUACAAGGUUUUAUCUAGCUUUCUUAUUUAUACUUGACUCAAUUGUAAUGAUGAUUUUUUUUUUCUAAUUGUAAUUUGACCUAAUAGCCAUACAAAAAAAAAAAAAAAAUGACUCUGUUAGUACUGACUAGGUUUAGCUUUCCAUAGUUGUAGAUGUUACUUCAGUUUCGGUGCUGGAAAAUAUGUACAACAUACUAACAGAAUUGAAAAAGAAUAUAGGGAUUUGGUUUGUUUGUUGUUGUUGUUUUUUUUUUUUUCAAAGCAGGUAAAGAGGGCAGCAGAGCAUUGGAACGGUGUCCUCAAAAAUGCAUAAUCAUUGUGGGCAUGGAGGAAGAAGGAAAUAGUAAGCUAGGUUAGUCAGAGGUUAAAGCUUAACCCUAUUCACAUAGAAAUAAAUCAGGUGAGCAGCCCCAGAUUUUAGCAUAAGAUUUUUACUAUGAUGCUGUUUUAUUAAGAUUUUCUAAACUUCAAAACACAAAGUGAAUGUUUGAAAAUUGCUGGGUCCCGGUGUUGGUGGCUGUUGGAGUUUUUGGACCACUUGCUAGCAGUGAUUUAGAAAUUAUAAUUAGCUAAAAAUCCAAAAGAAAAAGAAACCAACAACAAAAAUUGUUUGGUGCAGAACAUGCACCUUGACAAUGGUACUAACUUGUUAUUCUAUAGAACACGUUAGAAUAGAUCUAUUUUUGCCAGAGCACCCUCCUUCAGUCCUCCAGUUACAUUUCACUAGAUUUCCUUAAGAGAUUGCUGUAUAUUCAUGGGACCUUUUUUAAAAAGAAGUAAAACAAAAGAUUACUUUUUUCUAUGUGAUUAAUAUCUUACUUGAUCUGCUUUUCCUAAACCUCAGUGGCUUUUCCCUUAGGCAGGGGUGGGGCGGGAGGGCAAUCUACUGGAUAUGACUGUUUUCAGAUACUUUAAAAAAAAAAAAACCUUUUUGUAGAAAUGCUUAAUUUUUAAGCGGUUAGGCACUGAGAGUAGCAGAAAUCCUGCAAAGCUUUAUAGUCCUUUAGACACUCGCCUUGUCUCUCUGAGUGAAGUCUUGAUUUCAAUAAUAGUGCUUUUCUCAUGCCCUGAAUCCGCUGGAGAGGGGUGUUGGUAUUUUCAGGUAACAACAUUUGUUAGCACAAAUAUUUCAGACCAACUUGUAGUGCCCCCCCCAUCUAUCAUUUUCAUUUCAUUUCUCUCAUUCUUUUAUAUUUUGGAAAAUCAUAUUGCUAUGGUGUGUACUUUAAUCUGCCAGCAAACACCAUCGACACUAACAUUUGUCCCACAAGCAUCCUCAAGAGAAAAAGUUGUUGCACCUUAUGUAUAUCUCAAGCAAACCAAAAUAUGAUGCUUUUCUGCUUUGUUUUAUUCUAAAUUGUUGUAUCAUAUCUUUCUGAAAAACCAUUCUGAAUCUAGUUGAAAUUAUCGAUAUUUAUGCUUUUAACCUUAAUUUCUGGAUUCAAACCUGUAUAUAAAUCUUUUGAAAAAAAUUGUCCUAGCCCUUCUCUGUGAUGCCGAAGUGGAUGAUUUCGUCUCAGAUGGAGACGCAGUACUGUUCCAGUUUCUUUAGCCUUUUAUUUAUUUAGUUAUUCUGGGUAUUUUCCUAUGUAAUUUUGAAGUGUGUAGAGUAUAUUAUAGUAACUGAAGCUGCAGCUCUACGAAGCUGA